AUGGAUAAUUAUUUUACAACCUUACCACUUGCCAAACAUUUACUUUCAUGGAAGUUAACUUUAGUUGGCACUUUGAAGAAAAAUAAACCUUACAUUCCAAGUGUGAUGGCUCCGAAUAAAUCGAGAGAACUAUACUCUACUAUGUUUGGAUUCCACGAAAAAGUAACGCUGUGCUCCUACGUACCGAAGAAGAAUAAAGCAGUUAUUCUAAUAUCAACGAUGCGUUCCGACAUGGCUGUGAACGAUGAUGCUAAGAAAAAGCCUCAUAUUAUCACAUAUUACAAUAAAUAUAAAGCUGGCCUCGACACGAUGGACCAAAUGAUUAGUAGAUACACUACACAACGUCGCACUUUGAGAUGGCCGGUAGUAGUUAUGUUUUUCAACAUAUUAGACGUUGCCUCACUCGCUGCCUACCUCAUUUAUUAUGAAAAUAAUAAGAUGCUGCCAAAAAAAACCAACCAUCGACGGUUAUUUCUACGCCAAUUGAGCGAAGAACUUGAAACGCCAAUGAUUGAGGAUCGAUAUCAUAACGUGCAAAUAAUGAGAAAUUAUAGCACCAAGAUCGCUAUUGAAAGUGUAAUCGGUCGGCCAGUAAAUCCAGUGGAGGCUGAUCCAGGUCCGUCAGUUCAACGAGAUGCAUCAGGAAGAAAGAAAGUUAUCGGUUCCUGCCAUAUUUGUUACAAACAAACAAUUAAGAAGAGAAGGAAAACACAGGAAAGACCUGCUCCGAAUGUGAUAGGCCUAUUUGCGAUGAACAUGCGAUAA